GGUCACGUGCUGGUUUCAACUUCCUGUUUACCACUUGUUCCUUGAGACAGUUCACGGAUUGCAACACUUCAACAGUCGUGUGAUCUUUCAUCAAGACUAAUAAAUACGCGUUUGAAUCGCUGCUGCUAAGGAUUUAAUCGUUUUGGAACCGGUAAUAUGUUUUUGUCAUUACUGGGGAAGAGGAGAGAAAAUGAAUAAAUGACAGAGGAAACGUGACUAGGCCAGGAGUCCUCGCGAUUUCCUGAGUCAGGCGCCCGGAGUAUUCCUCUGCCAACAAAUGCUCAAUACCAAACAUACGAGUGAUGAGGGCAAGGAUUAAAAACCAGUCAACAUUCAUUUUUCUCGGAAAAACGUUUAGUAAUGUGUUGGAUUUAACUUUAAGUGUGGAUACUUCCUAACAUUAGUUAACUAACGUCAGCUACCGUAGCUAGCCAACCAAAUCCACCACCACUAGCUUAGCCACGUAAACAAAUUACUAUACAUUCUGCUUGCCUGGCAAGUUUUACUCGGAAGGGUUAGCUAGCCUGCUGGCUGGUUAAUACAUCUUUGUUUCUAGAGGGUACCAGCACAGCGGUGCCCUGAAUUCGGGGAGAAUACCCGGCUCCGGCCCUUUCAAGCGGGCAGUCAGGAAGAAACUGGCUGGGAAGGGAUGGCCUGGUGGGUCUUCCCGUUCCCAAGGUGCUGCGGUGUUUGAGGGCGGAAGAGUUCGGAUAGAACCCACGGUGGGUCUCGGCACGAUGAUGUCUGCAUUCCCUUCCGUGUCUGGGAGUCUCACGGACUCCGGGCUAAUGAUAUCAGGCAGAAAGACUGAGGAAAUAGCGGAUUUGAUAGAUUUGUUUUCGAAGACACAGUACAGAGCGAAAGAAGUCACGCUACGGGUCGAGACGAUAGAGAAGCGUUGCUUGGAGCUCUUUGGCCGAGACUACAAGUACAGUGUCAUCCACAACGCCAACGGGGAGGUGUGUGGCCACUACCCCCGACAGAUGGUCUUCCUGGAGUAUGAAUGUACAGAGCUCCAUAAAGACGGGUUUGAGAGCACAGUCCAGAUCACCAAGCUGCAGGAUCUGGUGAACCGCAGUAAGAUGGCCCGCUGCAGAGGGAGGUUUGUCUGCCCUGUCAUCCUCUACAAUGGCAAACAUAUCUGUCGCUCAUCCACUCUGGCAGGCUGGGGGGAGCUAUAUGGGCGCACAGGCUAUAACUACAUCUUCUCAGGGGGGAUUGAUGACACAUGGGGGGCAGAGUCUGAGCCAGAGGUUCCAGAGGACGACAGUGCCGGCAAUGGGGACUCUCAGCUCUUUGACAAGGUGCGGGGUCUGGACAUCAAGCUGCUGCGCUACCUCUCUGUGCGCUACAUCUGUGACCUCAUGGUGGAGAACAAGAAGGUCAAGUUUGGCCUAAAUGUCACCUCGUCUGAGAAGGUGGAUAAGGCUCAACGAUAUGCAGACUUCACCCUGCUCUCUGUGCCUUACCCAGGGUGUGAGUUCUUUAAGGACUACAAAGAUAGAGACUACACCGCUGAGGGACUAGUAUUCAACUGGAAUCAGGAUUUUGUGGAUGCUCCUUUGACAAUCCCUGUGUGCUUUACCAAGAACUUGAAUAUAGACUGGAGUAAAUAUCAGUCUUGGGACCUGGUCCAGCAGACCCAGAACUACCUGAAGCUAUUGCUUCACACCAUCAACAGCGACGACGAGAGCGGUCUCCUCGUGCACUGCAUAUCCGGUUGGGACCGGACACCUCUCUUCGUGUCACUCCUGCGUCUCUCGCUGUGGGCAGAUGGUGCCGUCCACGCCAGUCUGGAGCCGGCUGAAAUCCUCUAUCUGACCAUCGCCUACGACUGGUUCCUCUUUGGUCAUAUGCUACCUGAUCGCCUCAGCAAAGGAGAGGAGAUUUUCUUUUUUUGCUUCAAUUUUUUGAAGCACAUCGUCUCAGAAAAGUUCUCUGUCAUGAAGAAACCGAGUUUCCACAGAAGGAAAAACUCUAAUUUCAAAGACACUGAUUUCACAGUGGAUGACCUCUGCCAGUUGAAGUCCAGGGACCGGGGCAGCGUGACCAGCCUGAGCAGUGACUUCUCUCUGAUCACAGAGGACAUGGGCGGAGCCACCUGCCUCACCAACGACGCCGUGGACCUGUUUUCCGGCCAGCCCCUGGCAGCCUCCAGCUGGAGGAAGGGACACAACUCGUCCCCACAGACGGUGCUGUGGAACCGGCCCAACCCCCUGCAGGAGCGGCUGGCCCACCCCCUCAGUCAAGAAACCAAGUCCUCCAGCUCUUCCUCCUCCAACCAAUCAGAGACGGGUUUCACGCGCGCAGGCAGCAGUCCUAUGUCUGUGCCCGGGAGAAGGCUGGCGGCAGAGUACGCCCGCUCAGGCUCCUCCCUCUCCAUGGACUACGGCAGCUGGCAGAUCGUGUCGGGCUGCGGCUCCAUCCACGACCGCGGACAGUUCCUGCCAAACCCCACUGCCACCAACGACUUUCCCCUCCCCUUUAUCUUCCAGGAAGAGGGUCCCAGCGGACGCAUUUGCCCGUCCUCCUCGGAGCGUCAGGCUCGUCUGGAGACUGUGAGGGAGGUGUUCCUGGCUGCCUACAGCUCCACCGUGGGCCUCAAGUCCAGCGCUCCCAGCCCCUCCGGUGCCAUCUCAGGCCUCCUGGAGCAGUUUGCCCGUGGCGUGGGCCUCCGGGGCACCAACAGCAUCGUCUGAUCUAGGGUCAGGUCUCCCCACCCCAAAUGUGAACUCCGGGCUCGUAAUCAUUGUAUUCAUAAAGUGUCUCAGAGUAGGAAUGCUGAUAUAGGAUCAGUUUUUCCUGUUAGAUCAUAUGGACAGGAAGGCCUGAUUCUAGAUCAGCACUCCUACCGUGAGGCUCUGUGAAUAUGGGCCCUGACCACCCCACCCCUCUCCCACUAAAUCCCGUCCUAUUGAAUUGCGGUCCACAAUCCGCAUUCAUCUCCAUCAAGGGAAGAUGAAUCUCGUAUGGACUGUAAUAAAAAUAAAAAGUGCCAAACUUCUCUACUCUA